AACAACUACUACCUUUCGCGAUGGCGAGUCUCAAUGUAUUUAAAUGUGUUCUGCUGCUUCUGUUCGUGCUAAGUCAGACGGGUCACGGCUAUAACGAGGAUGUGCUUCAGUAUACCCACGACAACUUUUCUGCGGAAGUUGGCAAGAAAAAUCACUUCGUCAUGUUUUACGCGCCAUGGUGCGGUCAUUGCCAAAGACUUGGUCCCACGUGGGAACAGUUGGCGAUCGUCAUGGAGAUCUCAACUGAGGAGGACAAUAUAAGAAUCGCCAAGGUGGACUGUACGACUGAGAGCGUUUUAUGCAGCGAGCAAGAUGUUACUGGCUAUCCUACGUUGAAGUUUUACAAGGCUGGAGAAACCAAAGGCAUCAAGUUUCGAGGCACUCGAGAUUUACCUACAUUGACUUCUUUUAUUCAUGAUCAGCUAGGUAGUUCUGUGGUUGAAGACGUCGUGCCGUCUCCUCCGGAAGCGGUGAAUGGAUUAUUGGAACUAACGGAAGAUACGUUUGAGAAGCAUGUAUCUUCCGGACAUCAUUUUGUUAAGUUUUACGCUCCCUGGUGCGGUCACUGCCAGAAAUUAGCUCCAACAUGGGAUGAAUUAGCCAAUAGUCUUCGCAACGAUGACGCAGUCAGUAUUUCUAAGAUAGAUUGCACACAGCAUCGCAGCAUCUGUGGCCAAUUUGAUAUUAAGGGAUAUCCUACGCUGUUGUGGAUUGAAGACGGAAAAAAGAUAGAUAAAUAUACCGGCCAGCGUACUCACGAAGAGCUGAAAGCGUAUGUGUCGAUGAUGCUGGGUAAAAAUGCCGACGAGUCGAGCCGGAAGAGCGACAAUACUGACGGAGCACCGAAUGCUAUAUUGAGCCUAACGGCCGAUAGUUUUAAGCAAGGUAUUGAGAAGGGUCUUUCAUUUGUCAAGUUCUUUGCACCCUGGUGCGGACACUGCAAACGCUUGGCCCCUACAUGGGAGGAACUCGGCAAGAAGUUCUUCGGCAAUGACAACGUGAACAUUAUCAAAGUUGAUUGUACACUCGACGUAAGCAAGCAAUUGUGCAAUGAACAGGAGGUGGACGGUUUUCCGACAUUGUACUUAUAUCGUAACGGACGUAAGGUUUCCGAGUACAAUGGCUCGCGUAAUCUCGACGAUCUGUACGACUUCGUGAUGAAUCACUUGAAAACGCACGACGAAUUGUAAUCUCGUAUGUUGGAUAAAGCGCCGAGAUAGGUCUCGUAAUAUAUUCCCAAUAGUACUUCGAAUAAUCGAAUUAAGUUAGGACGCAUGACGUAUCGAUUUUUCAUUGUCAAGUGGAAGCAGAAGCGGUAAGUUUUUCAUUUUUAUACACUAUACAU